AUGGACAAGUUCAAGUCGUGGACCAGCACCGUCUCCAACAGCAUCACACCCUUCGCGACCCAGUCGCAGCAAUGGAUCAAGGAGCGCACCGGCAAUGCGACCGAGAAGACCGAACUGCCGCACGACUACGUUGAGCUCGAAACGCGCAUCGAUGCGCUGAAGCAGACACACUCCAAGCUGCUUGCUGCAACCAGCCAGUAUGCCAACGAGGCUUACGACUACCCACCAAAUGUCCGCGAGAGCUUCCAGGACUUGGGCAGGAGUAUCAGCGAUAAGGUGAACCUCCUCUCCAAGGCCAGCAACGCCAGCGAGGCCCAAGCAGCCUUCACCGCACCACCCUCCGCCAAGCCACAGCCAAAGACCUUCGCCCACGCCAUCGCUCGCGCCUGCCUCUCCGGCUCGCAGACCAUCUCCACCGCCACACCCCAAGGCUCCACCGAGCCCGACCCACUCGCACAAGGUCUCGAGAAGCUCGCCAUCUCCUCCGAGAAAGUCGGCGAGGCACGUCUCGAUCAAGAUGAGAAGAUCCAGGGCAAGUUCCUGGCGGGCUGGAGCACAACUCUCAACCAGAGCAUCAAGUCCGCAGACAAAGCCCGCACCGCCGUCCAGAACGCCCGUCUCCAACUCGAUGCCGCCAAGUCCAAGGCUGCGGCCGGCGGUAAGCAUGAGGAGAGCUACACCGAGCAGCAGCGUCGCGCCAUCGAGCAGGCGGAAGAUCAAUUCGUUGAGAAGGUCGAUGAGGCUACAAGCAUUAUGAGGAAUGUCCUGGACACACCCGAGCCAAUGAGGAAUUUGGUAGAGUUGGCCAAGGCACAAGCUGAGUACCACAUGCGAUCUGCAGAGAUCUUGGAGGAUGUUGCGAAGCAGCUCGAGGAAAUCCAAGUGGAGCAGGAAACUGAGUAUAGGAAGGCGCGUGAUGGACAAGAGGUUUCUCGAUGA